UGCGUCCCUGCCAGCCGUCUGAGUGCGCUGCCUGGAAAUCCCGGGGAGGCCCUCUUACGGCCCCGUGCGGCGCUGCCAAACGGGUCUCCCUGCGGUGCCGAAGCCCUGGAGGCGUUUAAUUAAGGCCCACCGCACCCUCGGGGGGCUGAGAGCGUCCGCGUUGGUAAACUGAGGACAGCGAGGCUCCUGCCCCGGCAGCGGCGGUGGAGCAGUUGGGAGCAGAGUGGACUUCCUGUUACCUUCCCGGAAAUGCCCGUCUGCGUUACAUAAUUCGUGUGUCUGAGGCUCAAGUGCGGGGAUCCCAGGCUCUGCCCGGGCAGGGUGCGCAGCCUCGCGGACACCGCCUGUGCGACCCGGGCCCGAGCCGCUGCGGGAUGUUCCUGACGUUACGGGGGAGGCCGGAGCCAGUCUCCUCGUGAUGUGCGCUGAUAGUGCUGGACCGUCUGCAGGGCUUCAUGGUCACUUCUCGGACUGAUGGGGGUCUGCUUGGUUUGGCGACUGGCCAUCAAAGAUAUUUGACAGCAUACAGAAAACUAGCCAAGGAAUAUCAUCCCGAUAAGAAUCCAAAUGCUGGAGACAAAUUCAAAGAAAUAAGUUUUGCAUAUGAAGUCCUCUCCAAUCCCGAGAAGCGUGAGCUGUAUGACAGAUACGGAGAGCAGGGGCUCCGGGAAGGCAGCGGAGGAGGUGGCGGCAUGGAUGACAUUUUCUCGCACAUCUUUGGCGGGGGGUUGUUUGGCUUCAUGGGCAACCAGAGCAGGAGUCGCAACGGCAGGAGACGAGGGGAAGACAUGAUGCAUCCCCUUAAAGUAUCUUUAGAAGAUUUGUAUAAUGGCAAGACAACCAAGCUACAACUUAGCAAGAAUGUACUCUGUAGUGCCUGCAAUGGUCAAGGCGGAAAGUCUGGAGCUGUUCAGAAGUGUAGCGCCUGUCGGGGUCGAGGUGUGCGCAUCAUGAUCAGACAGCUGGCUCCAGGGAUGGUGCAGCAGAUGCAGUCUGUGUGCUCCGAUUGCAAUGGAGAAGGAGAGGUAAUUAACGAAAAGGACCGCUGUAAAAAAUGUGAAGGGAAAAAAGUGAUUAAAGAAGUCAAGAUUCUUGAAGUCCACGUAGACAAAGGCAUGAAACAUGGACAGAAGAUUACGUUCACUGGUGAAGCAGACCAGGCCCCCGGAGUGGAACCGGGAGAUAUUGUUCUUUUGCUACAGGAGAAGGAACAUGAGGUGUUCCAGCGAGAUGGGAAUGAUUUGCACAUGACCUAUAAAAUAGGACUUGUUGAAGCUCUGUGUGGAUUUCAGUUCACAUUUAAGCACCUUGAUGCCCGUCAGAUUGUGGUGAAGUAUCCCCCUGGCAAAGUAAUUGAACCAGGAUGUGUUCGUGUAGUUCGAGGUGAAGGGAUGCCACAGUAUCGUAAUCCCUUUGAAAAGGGUGAUCUCUACAUAAAGUUCGAUGUACAGUUCCCUGAAAACAACUGGAUCAACCCAGACAAGCUUUCUGAACUAGAAGAUCUUCUGCCAUCCAGACCAGAAGUUCCUAAUGUAAUUGGAGACACAGAGGAGGUAGAGCUUCAGGAAUUUGAUAGCACUCGGGGCUCGGGAGGUGGCCAGAGGCGCGAAGCCUAUAACGAUAGCUCUGAUGAGGAAAGCAGCAGCCACCAUGGACCUGGAGUGCAGUGUGCCCAUCAGUAAACGCUGCGGAUGAACGCACAGGUGGAUUUUCUUUCCACGUUUGCCUGAUUUGUUUUCAGCGAUUCAGCUGGAGUAUCUGAUCAAUCCAGAUGAACUGAUGGACAGCUGUUGGUCUAUGUGUAACUUUUAAAAUUGGUAUAGUAUCUACAGAGUGUAUAAUUUAAACUAACCACAAAGCUUUACAUCUUCAUUUCGACUGUUCUGUAGCAGAAUAAAGCACUUGAAAGAAAACAAGACUCCCUUUCACACCUGGGUUAUAAGUUUCAGUCCUGAUAUCUGUGCUUGAUUUUUAUCAGUUUUGUGUAGAAUUUAUGUUUCAUAUUUUGAAGUCAAAUCCCACAUUGUAAAGUUUGUGUACAAUUUGUCCUGAAGCUUUGUGUUUGGCUGCACUGCAUAAGCUGCUACAAAUAGAAUAAAGAAUUUCAUAGCCCGAAUCUGCCAUUUAGAUGCAUGGAAAACGGGCUCUGCACAGUGGGUUUGGAGCUGACUGGGAACAAUGGGGAGAAAUUACGUUAGCUGUGGUUGUAAAGUUUUUUUUUUUUUUUUUUUAAACCAUCUUGUGAAAGGUUUCUGGAACUCGAUAAUAAAAAGCAGUUGGUGUAAAUUAUUUUUUGUGUCACAUCUCUAGAAGGAAGAACAGAUUUUUGAACUGUCAGAUGUAUCCUUCAAAACCAGAGACUAUGUCCUUAGUCUUGGUUUUUAAACAGCCCUUAAAGACCCAUUGGCCUGCAGCUUAUGUCUCAGGCACUUGCCCAUUUUAUAGUUUUAAAAGACAAAGGAAGGUUUGAUACGUUGGUAUAAACAGGCUCUGUUGGCUUCAGUUGAUGCUAAGUUAUGUAACUCCUGAAUGACCCUGAGCUUUGGGGCCAGGCUAACCUAGGCCUCUGUGUCUCCCCCCACCACCCCCUUUCUAAAAAUAAGGUAACAGCCAAUCAGUAGAACCAUGUCUACAUCAAACCUGUUAAAAAUGCUCUGUGUUCAUUAAAUGUUAAGUUAAAGAUUCUCUCUCUCCAUUAGGUUGAAUAUUUGAAAUUGGGGGAAGCAGUGAUUGUUACUAAUAUUUGAGAAAAGUUAAGACUCUUGGGCUGGUAUGAGAAAAAUCAGGUAAAAUGACUAUGAAAAGAAUGUUCCCUUUCUUUUCCGCCUUCUGAUUAUGACCUUCUUUUCACUCCCAGAGUAGAUAUUCUUAGAACACACUUACCUGAGGGAAAAAGAGAAGGCAGCUGUACAUUCUACAUUUGUAAAGGGGCAGAUGGGGGAAACGGAAAACUAAAAUUUUAAAUUGUAUUGUGCCAUCCUCGAGCCUAAAUAUAGGACUUCUAGUUUAUUUCUACAUCUGUUGGAACCUGAAUUUAAAAAAAAAAAAAAAAGGUAUCCUGACACUAACGGAGGCCUGUGAAAUUUGAAUUACUGCCCCGCCACUCUACCUCCAUUGUACAAACAUACUUCACAGCCAGCCUGGGCAAGAUGCAGCAGCGGAGCGGUUUUGUGUCCAAGGUUGCUUCCCCACAACCACUGUAAAGGCAAGAGGCAGUGGCGAUACGAAGUUUGUAGCCUUUCCAAUAAAGGUUUAUAAAACAUUA